AGUUCGGAAAUUUAAGAGCUCGGAGACGCGACGGCGACUUUGCCCCGCGACGUUCAGGCGCGACAUCCCGCACAUGGUGUUACACAGACAAGUAUGGGAUCAGAUCGGGGGUUGCAAGAUUAUGAUCCCCUCACAGUGAGCACUGAUGAUGAUGACCUCGAGCGUAGCAACUUGUCGGAGAGCCGCGAUACCGUCUCUACCCGGCGUGAAAGACGAUAUACCCAUUCUGAGACUGGCGAUGAAGAAAGGAUCACCCCAGAACGAGUGCGCAUAAAACCACCACCAGAGAAGACCACUGUGAUCUUGUCAGACAGUGGUAGCGACGACUCCGAUUUCAACGAGGGAGCGGCCGCAUACGAGCAAUUUAAGAAUCGCAAGAGCUUAAAACGUAAACGUGCCGCAGCAGGGUCGCGAAAAGCUCGAACUACAGGAAAGAAUUCUCUCGUCGGCUUGCGCCCCAGAAGCAAUGACGCUGGACCGUCUCGCAAACGGCAGCAGCUGGCAAGAGAGUAUAAAGAGGUCUCAUCAGAUGAUGAGUUGAUGGAAUACACCCUGCCGGGUUAUUUGCAGAAACGGCGUGCGCAGUUUGAUGAAAGAUUGGAGCAUCUCAAACAGUCAGGAUUGAAGUUGCCACCUGACUUCGACGACGUCGCAUUCUCUGACGAUGAGCGGCUGGAAUCGUUGAAGGAGAAACCGGAGUUCAAAAGCAUUCGACCUUGUGGCAAAUACAAAGAUAUAACACUGCCAUAUUCCCUUGGUCUGAUCCCAGCACCUAUUGCCCAGUGGCUACGAGAGUAUCAAGUCGAAGGUGCCGCCUUCUUGCAUGAGCUCUUCGUCUACCAGAAAGGUGGCAUACUCGGAGAUGACAUGGGCCUUGGGAAGACCGUGCAGGUCAUCGCCUUUUUGGCUGCUGCUUAUGGCAAAACUGGCGACGAGCGAGAUGCGAAGAGGAUGCGGAAGAUGAGAAGAAGCACAGUAAACAAAUGGUAUCCCAGGACACUGAUCGUGUGUCCCGGAACGUUGAUUGAAAACUGGAAGUCCGAAUUCAACAGAUGGGGAUGGUGGCAUGUGGAAGUCUUCCACGGUGAUAGGAAGGAGGAAGCUCUCCAAGCUGCCAAGUCCGGCCGUCUGGAGAUACUUAUUACAACAUACUCAACCUACCGCUUGAACAAGGACUCCGUCAACAUGGUUGAAUGGGACUGCGUAGUUGCAGAUGAGUGCCACAUCAUCAAAGAACGCAAGUCGGAAACUACAAAUGCCAUGAACGAAGUUAAUGCUCUCUGCAGGAUUGGCUUGACUGGCACUGCGAUCCAAAACAAGUACGAAGAACUGUGGACUCUAUUAAAUUGGGCGAACCCCGGGAAGCUGGGGCCGGUCACCACCUGGAAGACCAGUAUAUCAGAUCCGCUCAAGAUCGGGCAAUCUCAUGAUGCAACACUAUACCAGCUGAGUAAAGCUCGAAAGACAGCCAAGAAGCUGGUCGAAAACCUGCUGCCUGCCUUCUUCCUUCGCCGUAUGAAGACUCUCAUAGCGGAUCAACUUCCGAAGAAAAGCGACCGAGUUGUCUUUUGUCCUCUUACCGACACCCAGGCUGAGGCCUAUGAGAAUUUCCUCAGCCAUGACAUCGUUGAAUAUAUCAAAACCUCGGCUGAGCCGUGUGCUUGUGGAUCGCGCAAAAAGUCUGGCUGGUGCUGCCGUACGCGCCUCCCGUCGGGCGAGAAAUGGCAAAGCUAUGUGUUUCCCGCAAUAGCGAAUCUUCAAAAGCUCAGCAAUCAUCUUGCAAUCCUCAUCCCCCAGCCCACAGAUCCGCAGGAGAAGCAAGGGAAGGAUUUAGAGAUGCUGCAGAUUGCCGUGCCAGAUCAAUGGCGAGAGCUCUAUCGUUCCAGAGGAUCGAUCAUGAACUUCUCCAACCCCGAAUUCUGCGGCAAGUGGAAAGUUUUAAGAAAGCUGUUGAAAUGGUGGCACUCAAACGGAGACAAGGUGCUCAUCUUUUCUCAUAGCGUCCGGUUGCUGAAAAUGCUGCAGAUGCUCUUCAACCAUACCAGCUACAAUGUCAGUUACCUGGACGGCGCAAUGAGUUAUGAGGACAGAGCAAAGAUCGUCGACGAUUUCAACUCCGAUCCCCAGCAGUUCGUAUUUCUUAUCUCCACACGAGCCGGAGGCGUCGGCUUAAACAUCACCUCCGCCAAUAAAGUAGUUGUGGUUGAUCCAAACUGGAACCCAUCACACGACCUGCAAGCUCAAGAUCGAGCGUACCGUAUCGGUCAACAUCGUGACGUGGAGGUCUUUCGACUCAUCUCAGCCGGAACAAUCGAGGAAAUCGUCUACGCUCGACAGAUCUACAAACAGCAACAGGCUAAUAUCGGCUACAACGCAAGCUCUGAACGCAGAUACUUCAAAGGCGUACAAGAGAAGAAAGACCAAAAGGGCGAGAUUUUCGGAUUAUCCAACCUCUUCGAAUACCAAAACGACAACAUUGUCCUGCGUGAAAUCGUCAACAAGACGAACAUCGCGGAAAGCAAAGCCGGCGUACAAGUUAUUGGUAUCGACAUCGACCAAGAGGAAACCGCUAACGAAAACUUCCCUUUCACUUCUUCUACAAACGACGAAGAUGAAGAUGGAGCCAUGAGCCAACUCGCCGCUCUCAUCGCCGGCGACACAGACGGGAUCCCCAACAACAACAAGAACAAGUCCAGCGUGACCCCCAAAAAGCACGACCCCGUACAAGCGAUCCUCGCCGGCGCAGGCGUCGAAUACACCCAUCUCAAUAACGAAGUCAUUGGUCCGUCCAAGACCGAAGAACGUCUCAGUCGACGCGCUGAACUUGCCGGGGAGACGCUCGGUGAAGUGCAAGUGUUUCGCGACUCGCAAGACGAUCUAGUCGUCCGUAAGGAUGGCGAACCUGUGAAAUUCAAAUAUCAUCCACCCAAGGAUGUGAUGAAACGGCAGUUCUGCAGUAUGGCGAAACAAUACGGAUUCAAGAACGCUACUGAGUUUGCACUUGUUGUGGAGGGUAUGACGCAGUCGCAGAGACGGGCGUGUCUUGAGAAGUGGUAUAGGGAGAGAAGAGAAAUACUCAUGAAAGAUGGCGGUUCUGAAGAGGCGUAAUCACCCUUUGGAGACAGAAGGCAUUCGAAGAUAUAGUAAUUGGGUUCGGAGUUUUUGGCAUGUGGGCCUAUAUAGUUUUUACUGGAGUUCUUAGAUACCCCACUAUAUGUGCACUGAGGAAUUGAUAUAGCUAUCAAGCGUUUCAUUCAUGGAAAUAAACAUAAAAGCAAUGA